AUGGAACGAACAGGACGCCCACGCAAGACAGGAGGCAGCGGCGCAAAGUUAAAGCAGUACGAGCGGGUAUACGCUUGGAAGAAGCUGAGAGCUGUUAUAGAGGCCAAUGUUGCUGGUGGCUCUCGUUAUCAUCAGCGCAACCGCACCCUCGGCAUGGGUGCUACGCUGUCAACGGAAGUAGAGAAGCAAUUGGUGGGGUGGAUAAACGAGUUGAGAGCCGAUGGUGUGCCUGUGACGAGCAUGAUGCUCAAGCUGCAAGCCCAGGAGCUUUACAGGACCAGCGGACCACGCAAUGGUCCGUUCAAGGCCUCUGGAGCUGGGGAAAACAUUUUCUGCGCCGCCACAAGCUCUCUAUUCGCCGCCGAACCCGAGAAGGGCAGUCUACACUGGCCGACGCAGAGCAGAAGGUGGAGGAGUUCAGCAACCAAGGCCAAAACGGUAUGGGUGAAGUGUGCAGGGAAAAGCAAAGAGCGGGUGACUGCAAAGCUGUUGGCCACAAGCGACGGCUCAAAACGAGAGCCUUUCCUCGUUUUCAAGACUCGACCAUCGACCAAGCCCGAUGUUGCGAGGGAGAACAAAGUGAUGCGACACGGUUUUGGGCGCAGACAAUGGGGCGAGGUUCACCUGCUUCAACAAGGUGUCCAUAUCUACGGCAAUGCCGCUGGGUGGUGGAACACGAUCAUCACAGCGCUGAUGCUACCACAUCCGACACCACACGCACCAUCAGCAUCAGACUUGGGCCCACUCGUCAGGCUACUACUGCUAAGCAACGUCGCGCUACAAGCUGUUGAUCCAGCAAAGGACAUCGACUAUAACGAGCUCGAUUGCGAAGAAGAUGGUGCCGAGGGCGACCGCUUGGCUCAAAACGACGCUUCUUAG